AUGAGCUGCAGCUACCUGGCCAUCUGCCUUGGGCUUAACCUGCUGAGCCCGCCCAACGAGGACCUGCUCCUGCUGGAGGCCAUGCUGGAGGUGACUGAGAAGAUCUGCAUUUGGAAGAGCAAAGUGCCCCUGCAGUCACCGCAGACACCAAGUGUCAGGCAGGAGCCUUGCCACACGCGCCCCACUCUCUGCUCGGUGUCCUCAAAGAUGCUGGCAGAGAUACGGUGGUGGAGUCUGAAACGUGAGAGGACGACCCCUGGCAACAUCUCAGCCAAGUACAACACUGACUUCACACCGGCUGGCUGGACUUUCCUCAUCUGGAAUGUCAUCUAUGCCUGGCAGCUUGCUUGGCUUCUCUACGCCUUGUCAGGGAUCUGUCGAAGGAAUGAACUUGGAUGUGUCUACAUAAAGCCAGACUUGCUGCCAAUACCUUUUUACGUGGCAUGGAUUCUGAAUAAUAGCCUCAAUGUUGGGUGGCUGUUUCUGUGGGACCGAGAACAUCUCCUGCCAGCCCUGGUGUUCCUGACAGCCCUCACUCUUACCACGUGUGCUGCCCUCUUCAUUUCACACCAAGCAUUGAGCAUCCAUUCCUCGUGGUUUGUGAAGGGUCACAAAGCUGAGCUCUGGCUCACCCGCAUCCUAGUCCAGAAUGGGCUGGCACUGUAUGCAACAUGGACCACCAUCGCUACUCUGCUGAACUUUGCCAUUGUGUUGAUCUACAAGUGGAACGUGUCCAAUGAGAUGGCGACGACUGCUUCUCUAAGCAUCCUUGCUCUCGACAUAGUUAUAUGGUUUUGUCUAGAGAACUUCUUCCUUGACAAGUAUGUCCGCUAUAACCUUACGAUCUACCCAGUGGUCAUAAUAGCUCUGACCGGCAGUGCAUGCAAGAACUUCUCAUUGUCAUCCCCAACAACAAACAGCAUUUUUAUAGUUGUGCUGCUGGCAAUGACUUGUUUGAUCUUUGCUGUUCGGCUGGGACUAGUCACAUGGAGACAUUUUAAGAGACCACUGGAAGCAGCAGAAACCCUGGACCAAUAA